AUGGGUCUCUCCUCCUCACGCUGCGCUCCCAACUGCUUCGAUGGCGAGCACGAGUUCAACCUCAACGACUCGCGCUUCAUUGAUGUUGCUUUCCCACCCACCCCGAGUUCUCUUGGAGAAGCCAAGCCGGGCAAGCUUUUCAUCACCCAGGAGCAGCGCGAGAAGACCCGGUGGGUCCGAGUUCCCGAGCUCCUGCACUUCAACCAGCAGAUCACAGCUGCCGAGUUCUCCCAGAAGCAGCAGUCCGAGCUGACUUGGACAGUCGAGGAGGAGGAAGGGCGAGGCGCAACAGAAGCAGAAGCACCUCCCGUUGCUGCUGAAGGUGCGGUGCAGGCUGCACCGCAGGAGGCUGCACCGCAGGAGUCUGCACCGGCGGCGCCGACAGGCGAGGGCCCUGGCGAGGCUGCAAUCGACCUUGUCAUUCUGCCAGAGGGCUAUGGUCAGACCAAGCAGAUUGACAUCGACCGACCGGUGGGAAAGAUUCGUGGUGACCUGGAGGCAGAGUUGAGCAUUCCGGACAAGUCCCUGUAUCUUAUGAAUUUGUCUGGUGCUGUUGAGUUCAAGCAAGUGCUGCCCGAUGAGAAAACCCUCCGUGAUCUGGGCCUCAAGCCUGGAGAUCGGGCCGGAAUCGAGCUCCGCAUCAACUACUACCAGGAGCAACCUGCCGAGGAGUACGUGAUGCCGGACAUGCUCGACCUGAAGGUCGUCAACGAACACGGCGAGGAGAGGAUGGUUACAGUUCACGUGCAAAGGCCUGUGAUGGAGAAGCCAUACCUGGGCGGUUUCCGGAACAAAGCGACGGACUCCAUGUACCACCAUGCAGUCAGCCAGACAGCCCCGGUGCAGAAGAAGGAUGUUCACACGCUCCGUUUUCAUCGCGAGGCACAGACCUACGAGUACCGGACGCGCUCGACGCAGUGCAAGCGUGACAACGGGACGCAGAUGGACAAGGUUGGACUGUACAUCGACACCCGCGGUGACAAGACGAUGGAGCCUCGAAGACCCUACUUCAGCAGCGCGGACAAAGCAGCUCUACUGCUCGAGAAGUGCGUGAUGAUCCAGUGUCACGCCAGAGGCAUGCUGGCUAGGAGGCGCACCCGGCAGUUGCGGCAGAUGCGCCAGGAGCGCCACGAGCUGGCGCGGAAGGAAGCAGAGAGAAGGCAGCUGGAGGCGGACCUGCGGCACAAGCGGGAGGUCGAACGCCGAAUGCACCCCCGAACCUUCGAGGACUUCAGCGUGCUCUACAAGGAACUGGAGGCUUGGCGCGUGAACGAAGCCGCUCGAAUCCUGAACUCCGGUUUCGACGAGGCCACACGUCGAGCCGCGCAGCAUGAGCUCCUGCGCAAGGAGACGAAGCUUCUGCAGACAAUUGACAAGCUCAAGAUCCAGGCGCACACCUCGAAUCGAGAUGCGAAGAUCAAGAGCAAGCUCGAGUCGAUGUCACAGCCGAAAGUUUGGGCGCAGGGUGAUGGCGAAACCACCACUGUCCAUACCCCCUUCACCACCAGAGCUAAGGAGCUCAUGGAUCUCUAUAGCGGCCUGAGACUUCCUUUGCUGACUGUCGAUGAGCGCCUGGACGUCCUGCUACACGUGAAGUGGACUGUGAAGGAGUUCGACUGCAACCUGACGCGUGAGAUGGUCGACUUGAUUGACAGGGAGGCCGACAUGCUGAACAGAGGGCGGCCAGAGAAGUCCUUCGUUGGUCUUCGUAAACGCCUGGCGAAUCUGUUCCUCCAGUUUAUCGAGACGCCAGAAUUUAACCCAGAAGCCGUGAAGUUCCAGAAGGUCUCCCGUGAGUUCUAUGACCAGACUGGCACACAUCCACUGAGCACUGUACCGAUAAAGGCCUUAGGUAUGAGCUCAAGCGAUCUCGCCCAAGGCUCUUUGGGCAACUGCUGGCUGGUUGCUACCAUCGCGGCCUUAGCCCGGCGGCCGGGCGCGGUGCGUCGCCUCUUCGUCGAGGCCGACCCGGCUGCAGGUCGCUUCACAGUCCAGCUCUUUGACAUGGCUUCUGGCCGCUGGGAGUUGGUGGAAGUGGACGAUUUCGUGCCCUGCACCAUGGAGGACGACUGGUCCGAUGUUCCCUACGAGGAGCAGGCUGAUGGGACGAGGGUCUACAACUACAAAGACGUCUACACAGAGAGUGGCCACAAGCGCCUCCGAAAGAAGUGGGUGCCCCUCUUUGGCCGACCCAACGGGCGACAGGUCUGGGCCCUGAUCCUGGAGAAGGCCAUGGCCAAGUUCGUGGGCUCCUACGCCAACCUGUCCGGGGGUACAGAGCCCUUCGCACUGAUGGCGCUCACAGGUUUUCCGGUGGUCUACGUGUUCCAGCGGCCGGCCACUGACGAUGCCGAGACUGCAGCCUUCAAGAACCACUGGGAGUGGAAGGGCGCGCAAUAUGCCAGUCGAACGAACACCGGCAUCGGCUCGAGUCGUUUGAGCCAUGUUCCAGACGACCUGCUGGAUGAGGAAAUCUGGGAGAAGGUGGUGAGCUACAUCGCUCGAACCUGUCCAGUGACUGCAUCGAUCACUCGAUUUCCGGCGGCCAAGGCUGUGCGUGAUUACUACCGUCCGGACGGGCUGAUCUCCGGCCACGCGUAUGCUGUAUUGGAUGCGAGGGAGGUCAUCUUGCAUACUGACCAAGGCAGGCGCAACGUGCCUCUCCGCCUGGUGGCCUUGAAGAACCCUCACGGCGACUGGAAAGCGGAGGGAGGCACGUUCUCCUCUACCUGGCUGGGAGAGUGGGGCCAUCAGUCUGAUCGGUGGCAGCGACACCCCGAGGUGGCGCGCCAGCUUGACGUUGCGGGUGCGGUCGUCACUGUCAGCCCUAAGAACGGAGGUGCGAGCCCUUACAGUCCGCACCGGAGCUCCUACCAGACGGUUCAGAGCUCUGAAUCCUGCUUCUGGAUGCCAUGGGAUGAGUUCAAGGUGACCUUCGACAAGCUCUGUGUCUCACCUAAGCCCUCGAGCUCGGAGCUAGCAGACGGCCCCUCCACCAUCCCACUCCGCGCAGCAGCUGGCGGCCAGCCCGAGCUUUGCCCAAGCUUGGCGAAGAUGGCACCACUGCCCCUCCGCCGGGAGCUACACCAGGUGACCGUCACCUUCGAUCCUUACGUGACGAUGCCGGAGUUCUUGGAUGAUGGCGCCCUGGAGACGCGACUUAGGUGGGAAGCUUCCAAGCCUGGACACCUCCAGCAGCUUCUGGAUGCCAACAAGAACAACGGCCGCGGCCCUUCCUCCAGCCAUUCGAUGCUGCAGAAGAUGGUGGAAGCCGAAGGCCUUCAGUUGGCGCUGGGACCCCAUGGCUGUCAUCAGGCGGGCCACUGCCGGUGGAGUCCAUCCCCACGGCCGUCGCUGAAGCGCCGCCUCAGGGAAUCCGAAGCUGCACGCGGCCAGAGCUGGCUGCCGGUGAGCUCCGUCGCAGAAGCCACGGACGGCUGCAUCGUGUCGUAG